GGGGCCCAGCGCGCCGCACACGCACCCGCCCACGCAGCGGCCAUGGGCAAGGACGAGAAGCCCCGCGGCCAGCAGAGGCAGGGGGGGCCGCCGGCCGCGGACGCCGCCGGGCCCGACGACAUGGGGCCGAAGAAGGGCAAAGGGGCCCCCAAGGAGUGCGGGGAGGAGGAGGCCCGGAAGUGCUGCGGCUGCCGGUUCCCGCUGCUGCUCGCCCUGCUGCAGCUGGCCCUGGGCAUCGCCGUGACCGUGGUGGGCUUUCUCAUGGCGAGCACCAGCUCCUCCCUGCUAGUCAGAGACACUCCAUUUUGGGCUGGGAUCAUUGUUUGCUUAGUGGCCUAUCUUGGUUUGUUUAUGCUUUGUGUCUCAUAUCAAGUUGACGAACGGACAUGUAUCCAGUUUGCUAUGAAACUGUUGUACUUUUUGCUGAGCGCUCUCGGCUUGACGGUCUGCGUGCUGGCUGUCGCGUUUGCUGCCCACCACUAUUCACAGCUCACACAGUUUGCCUGUGAAACCGCACUCGACGCCUGCCAGUGCAAACUGCCCUCCUCGGAGCCACUCAGCAGGACCUUUGUGUACCGGGAUGUGACUGACUGUACCAGCGUCACUGGCACUUUCAAACUGUUCUUACUCAUCCAGAUGAUUCUUAACUUGGUCUGCAGCCUUGUGUGCUUGUUGGCCUGCUUUGUGAUGUGGAAACACAGGUACCAGGUCUUUUAUGUGGGUGACAGGAUAUGCUCCAUAACAACUUCCGAAGGCCAGCAGCAAACAGUCUAACAUUCUUGCUCAAAGAUGGGGGAGAAAACAGCUCACUAACUAGCUGAGGUUAAAAAAAAA